AUGGCAACCAAAACGGACACUGCGUAUGCUGUUCAAAUCGAUGACAUCAUCCUGAAGGUUAUGAAAGUGUGUGUGAACCCAGGGGUCAUAUGGGGACACAAUGAAGCGCUAUCUAAGACACCAGCCAAAUACCCCUAUCGAAGAACGGAAGUUAAGAUGUUUCCGAUUGUCAAUGGUCAAACCAGCUUCGCGUGGGAUAACAUAUUCCAAGGCAUUCGUCCAAACAAGAUUGUAGCGGGGUUUGUCUCCUCCAAGGCUACGGGGAUGGGUAACUACCAGAAGAAUCCUUAUAACUUUGCCAACUGGGACUUAUCGCAGAUAGUGUUGUUCUGCGAUGGCACCAUUGUCGGUGAGUCAGGUCCAAUGAAACUGCGCUUUGGAGUGGCAACAGGGCGAAGCUACAUCCCAGCCUACGUCAAUCUAUUCCACUCUACUGGAUGUUGGAUGAUGGGUGAUGGAGAAAGGGUUAAUCGGGUGGACAUUUCUCGGGAUGAGUUCCAUGGUGGCUACGGACUGUACGUCUUUUCAUUGGAUCCGGUGUUCGGUCAGAACAAUGAUGGAACAUAUCUAUGCCUUCAAAAACAAGGAACUCUUAGACUUGAAACUCAGUUUGCAACACAGCUUCCCGAGACCAUAUCGUGCGUGGUUUAUGGAGAAUUCGACGACAUUUUUCAAAUAGAGAAAAGCAGGAACGUUGUCCUAUAA